CGAUGCUCCACGUAGUCGACCAGCCAUCCUCCGCCCUCGUCGCCGUUUCCGCCACCGUUCCCGGCGAGCUCCGCCGCCUCCUUCGCCGACGAUCUGGUCUUCCAUGGCCAGCAAGGGAAAUUCUGUAGAUCUCAGGAUCUCUCAACCCCCCCUCGAAUUCGUCCAACCCGAGUGGAACCGCUCGCUGAGAGGAGAGAUCAAGAGGUUGGUGGUGGUGCUCUGCUCGGCGGCGAUGGUAUCCUCCUCCUCCCCAACCUGCUUGGUCCACGCCGCCUCCGAUCGAUUCCGCGGAGAUAUCUAUGGGCUUUCCUCUCGCCUCCCCGCGCCGCCACGGCAGCGCACACUAGGUCAUCAACGGGCGGAUCGCUGGGCGGGAUCAGCCGCCCCCAUCGAUCUCGCCAUGGCGGCGAGGCGAGUCGUCAGCACCCUCACUACGCUGCGCUGCGCCACCCACUUCUCGUCUGACGAAUCUGCCGUCAUCGGUUGGGAUUGGGAUUUGGUAGUGCGAUUGUUGGUGUUCGUUUAUGUUCAGGAAGGCGAUUGGAGCCGGUGAUCAUUUGCUUGGGGUUUUACGUGAAUAAGAUGGGCCAAUGUGCUUUGGAUAACGCCCUUCAGACUCAGACUCUUCAGUGGUCAAAAGCUAUUUGUCAUUUCUCUGGCUUAUUCACAGAAAGCAUUCUUCCAACUACUGCUGCAAUGCUGCUGCUACUCCACUACAAACAAAACUAGGGAAAAAAGAAGCAAGGAUGCAUCAUCAGAUUGUGUGCCAUGAUCCAAGCCGAAGCUCCAUCGAUCCCUACACGAAGCAGCAGCAACAAACUUGUAGCACACCACUAAACUAAACUCUGAUGACUGACAAAGUGAAAUCGGCGCAUCAAAGAACGAGACACACAGGUAAGCACCACAUACCCCCUUUGACCGAUCUUGCCUCAGCUACAAAAGACAUGCUCGCUUGGAUCAAAUCUACAAAAAAAAAUGCAACUUCAAUCUCUCUUGGAUCAAAUCAUCAAAAGACAUGCUCGCUUCUUUCAAGAAAGAAAGGGAAAGGAAUCUGGUGAUGGUCUCCUUUCCCCUUUUUUUUCACCCUUUUCUAGAAUAAAGGGAAUGUUGGUUUUGAACAAGAUGAUCCCUAGGAAGGACAGUUUAGGAGGUAAAGAAUAUGCUACUCAUAGCAAUGACAUUGAGUAAGAUAGAAUGCUCAAUGUAUAGAAACUGAAACACAACGCAAAGUUCUAUAGGUUAGGUGCAGAGUAAGUAAGCCACAGCAUCAUGCCAUUAAAAUGUGCCAAUACAUAAGGUUACCGCUCCAUCCAAACAAUGAGUAGAUGAGUACUAGAGUAGUACUAUUGUAUAGUAAUACCUUCGUGUUGUACAAUAUUAAUAGUAGUUGGUUUGAACAAAUUAGAAGAUGUCCUGAAAAUUCAGGAUUAGUCCCCAUUGAGUGCUCAAAGACUUUGUCAUGACUAUAUAAUCUCGAGUACUCGUAGAAAAUAGAGUUUGUAGACUAAAGUAAAGUGGUUUAGUCAUCUAAUUUGGGUCCACAAUAUAAACAAUAAUAUUAGUUCACUCACAUAUUCAACUCCAGGAAUUUUUGAAGCAAGAGAUAUAUCUAGCUAAAAAAAACUUGAAGUUGGAGUUGCCAGUCCAUAGAGAGAACAAAUUUGUGAAUCACUGCCUCUUAUAUAUAGUUAAGGUCUCCUUUGGAGCGUAUGAUUUUCGAAGGAAUUUCAUAGGAACUGAACUGUUUUCUACCAAGAACCCAUAAAAAUCCUGCUUUUUAAAGGAUUCCCAAACCUGUUUGGAACAUGAGAACUGAACCAUUUCAAGCGAAACCCGCUCCAAAACCGGUAUAGCAUACCCAUUCCUUAGGCCCACGACACUGACAGCCGCAGCUUAUCAACCAAACCCUCUAGUACUACUGUACCUGUUCUUCACUAACGGUAAUAUAAGCAUUGCAAUCAAACAGCAACAUCUAAGCAGCCGAAGCAGAGGAAGAAGACAGCAGCAACAGCAGCAGCAGCAGUUCUUCGGUUCUUCCUCUGUUCCUCUGCAGCUCACUCGGAUUCUCUCUCUCUCCUCUGCAAAGCCUGCAACGCCUGCUGCUGCUGCUGCAGUUUGGUUUCUCUCUCCAUCUGCAUCCUGCAGCUUCUGUCCUUUCUCCCCAACCUCUUUUGUCCGUUGCAUUUCACCUCCAUUAAUCCAAGCACAGAGAGAGGAGAUGCAUCCGUCACGCUCACUGCACGCCAAGCCGCCAAGAAGCCACGGUCACCACGCGCGCUCGCGCUCCCAGCUGCCCACCGCCAUUUCUGCGCCCAACCAAGAUUUCCAGUUCCAGUUCCAGCUUCUCCCCAAGGUGUUCCAGUUCCACAUGGACGUCGGCGGCGGCGGCGGCGGUGGUGGUGAAGGGAAGUCGUCGGAGAAGAAGGUUCUUGCUCAGCUGGAGCAGGUGAGGCUCAGCAUUGCGUCGAGCGAGGACGAGGAGGACGGGGACGCGCCGCCCAGGAGCUCCUUCUCCGGGGCGAGCCACCCGCCGGAGCCGGUGGAUGAGAUGGAUACGGUGUUCGUUGCCGUGGAUGGCCGGGACAAGGCGGCCAAGCCGGUGAUCAUGUGGGACGCGUCGCCGCCGCAGAGCGGCGCGGCGAGCCCGCACAGCAGCAUCGACAGCUCCGGCGCGGCGGCCACGGUGACGAGCAUCGCGCCCAGCUGCACCGUCACCAGCCUCAGCGCCAAGACCAGCGUCAGCAGCAGCGCGGCCAGCGACGGCAGCGGGUGGAGCAACAGCACGGCCGGCGCCGGCAGCGCCGCCGGCGGAGGCUUCGGCGGGAAGCCGCACAAGGGGGGCGACCCGAGGUGGAAGGCGAUCCUCGCGGCGCGAGCCCGGGACGGGCCGCUCGCCAUGGGCAACUUCCGCCUCCUCCGGCGCCUCGGGUGCGGCGACAUCGGGACGGUGUACCUGUCCGAGCUCAGCAACGUCGCCGUCGGCGGCGGCGGCGGCGCGGCGAGGGCGUGGUUCGCCAUGAAGGUGAUGGACAAGGCGUCGCUGGAGAGCCGGCGGAAGCUGAGCCGGGCGCAGACGGAGCGGGAGAUCCUCCAGCUGCUCGACCACCCCUUCCUGCCCACCCUGUACGCGCACUUCGAGACCGACAGGUUCGCCUGCCUCGUCAUGGAGUUCUGCCCCGGCGGCGACCUCCAUGCUCUCCGGCAGCGCCAGCCCGGCAAGCACUUCCCCGAGCACGCGGCGAGGUUCUACGCCGCGGAGGUGCUCCUCGCGCUGGAGUAUCUCCACAUGCUCGGAGUGGUGUACCGAGACCUCAAGCCGGAGAACGUCCUGGUGAGGGACGACGGCCACAUCAUGCUCUCCGACUUCGACCUCUCGCUCCGCUGCGCCGUCUCGCCGACGCUGGUGAUGUCGUCAUCCCUGGGCUCCGAUCCCAAGAGGGGCAACAAUGCGCAGUCGUGCGCCGCCCAGCCAGCCGCCUGCAUCCAGCCGACGUGCUUCAUGCCCAAGCUGUUCGGCAAGAAACCCAAGAGCAGCCAGCCGAGGCAGAGGUAUCAUCAUCAGCAGCAGCAGCAGCUGGCCGCCGCGGCGUUGCCGGAGGUGGUGGUGGAGCCGACGGGGGCGCGGUCGAUGUCGUUCGUGGGGACGCACGAGUACCUGGCGCCGGAGAUCAUCAAGGGGGAAGGGCACGGCAGCGCGGUGGACUGGUGGACGUUCGGGGUGUUCCUGCACGAGCUCAUGUACGGCAGGACGCCGUUCAAGGGGCAGACGAACCGGGCCACGCUGUUCAACGUCGUCGGCCAGCAGCUCCGGUUCCCGGACCACCCGCCGACGAGCAACGCCGGCAGGGACCUCAUCAGGGGGCUGCUCGCCAAGGAGCCGCAGGGGCGGCUCGGCGUGAAGCGCGGCGCGGCGGAGAUCAAGCAGCACCCCUUCUUCGACGGCGUCAACUGGGCGCUCAUCCGGUGCAGCACCCCGCCCGGCGUGCCCAGGGCUGUCGAGCCCGUCGCCGUCGCCGCGGCGGUGCCGGCGACGGUGAUGUCCAAGCCGCCGCCGGUGGACACCGUCGAGAUGGCAAUCCACAGCAAUUGCAACAGCACCAACAGCAGCAAAAGAAUGGCAGGGCCUCCAGAGGUAGAGUCUGGAGGCAAGUACCUAGACUUUGAGUUCUUCUAGCAAGGUGAAUGCAAAGAUCUGCCAAAUAUUGCAUCAGGCAGCUGAGAAAAUAUGAAGUUUUUAACCAUAUACUUGUUUUAGUUUGAGUUGUAACUGUAGUCACUAGUCAGUGAGUCCCAUACUUUCAACAUUUGGGCAAAAGGCAUUAUCUGAAUCUGACCAACCAGUUGUACUACUGUGUUUUCCCCUCUGCUGUUGCAAUUCUAUCACAGAUGAACUAGUUAGCACUUAGCACCUAUAAAUACUCCAAUAGUAGGCUUAAUGGAGUAGCAAAAAGUUUCCAUGUACAGCAUGUUAGUGACAUGCAUAAUCACACAUUAGUUCUUGCCAUGAUUAUAUACAAAAAUGUUACUA